AACAAGGUAUUCAUUUACAGCCUGUUAAAAAUAAUAAACGUCAGUUGCAAGUAUUAAGCAUUCCCUUAAGAAAAAAAGUUGCAUUAUAUUCAGGGCGGCAUGGAAUUGGUGCAGAAAAGUUGAGAGCCUCAAGCAGUUUAAAAAUUGAAGUAAAUAAAAAUCAUGGAGUCCUAGUUAAAUCUGAAGAAAUAGAUGCAAGUGAAAAUAUAAUUCUUCAACCAGAUAAUACAGAAGAAAGUAUUGAAUGGAUUAUGUUAGACAACAACCUGCCUGUGAUACCACAAACUGAAAUUGAUACUAUUGAAAACAAUGAUAUGCUGACAGAUAUAAGUAUCAAUGCUGCCCAAAAAAUUCUUUUGAAUCAGUUUCAUAUGCAAUCUGGGUUUCAAGAUACAAUUUUAGGUGAAAAAUAUAUGUUUCGUGAGGAAAAGAAUGAUUUUGUUCAAGUAUUAUAUACUGGGCAAUAUCAUUGGAUUACCAUUUUUAAUGUGAAUUGUCCAGCAGACACAAUUUUCUACUAUGACAGUCUUUUCCAUGGCCAAGUAAAGGAUCAUGUUAAGCAGCAAAUAUGCAAUAUAUACAAAACAAAAGGGAAAAUAUUAACUAUCCAUGUACGCAAAUGUCAACAACAAACUAAUGGUGUGGAUUGUGGAAUUUUUGCAAUUGCUAAUGCAUUAAACAUACUUCACAAAUUUGAUAUUGGAGGUUUAUCUCUAGACAAAGACAAAGUUAGAAAACAUUUUAUUGAAUGCAUUAAAAAAAGACAUUUUUCUGCCUUUCCAGUUUGCCAAUCAAAAUCACGUUUCAAUGAAGAAAAAAUAAUCACUUUAGAAAUUUCUUGCUCAUGCUGUUCAAAUUGGGUAUGGUAUCAUGCAAAAGAUACUAAUCUUCAUAUGGUACAAUGUGAUAUGUGCAGCGAAUGGUACCAUAAAAAAUGUGAAAAUAUAUCUGAUGAGAUAUUCAAUAAAAUUAAUGCUGAAAAGUCAUGGAUUUGUUUAGCUUGUAAAAAAAAAGAAUUAUUUUCACCAACAUAAAUGAUAAAUUAGUUAUAAAUCAAACAUUAGUCAAAAUGCUAAACAGUUUUCAUUUUAUCUUAUCUCAAAAAAAAAAUUUUAAUGGAGAAACAGCCCUUAUCAAAAACGCAAAAUUUGAUAAAUCUGUACUAAUUUAGUCAGCUUUAUCUGGUGAAUGCAUAACAGCUUACAAUUAUUAAUUAUUAGAGGAACUAUAAAAAUAAAUGUAAGGAAAAACCAAGUAUAUAAAAUAAUGUCAAGCUCAUUGGUAAGUUACUAUAUGUAUGUUUGAGUUCUGUUUAAACUUCUGGCGCUGUUGGCUCACCCAAAAAUUACUGUAUGUUUAUUUGUGUUCAUUUUAAACCACUUGCACAAUGUUGACUCACUCGUAAGUUACUCUUUGUUUGUUUGUGUUCUGUUUAAACCUCUAACGCAAUGUUGACUCACCCUUAAGUUACUGUAUUUUGUUUGUGUUCUGUUUAAACCUUUGGCACAAUAUUGACUCACUAAUAAGUUACUAUAUGUUUGUUUAUAUUCUAUUUAAACCUCAAGUGCAAUAUAGACUCACCCAUAAGUUACUGCAUGUAUUUUUGUGUUCUGUUUAAACCUCUAGCGCAAUGUUGACUCACCUGUAAGUUAUUCUAUGUAUGUUUGUGUUUAAUUUAAACCUCAGGUGCAAUAUUGACUCACUUAUAUAGCAGAUUAUAAGCAUACUAAUUGUAUGUUUAUAAUCUGUUUAAACCUCAAGCACAAUAUUCACUCACAUUUAAGUUACGGUAUGUAUGUUCGUGUUCUGUUUAAACCUCUGGCACAAUAUUGACUAACACGUAAAUUACUAUAUUUAUGUUUGUGUUUAGUUUAAACCUCAAGCGCAAUUUCGACUCACAUGUAAGUUACUGUAUGUAUGUAUGUUUGUGUUCUGUUUAAACCUCUGGCGCGGUGUUGACUUAUCUGUAAGUUACUAUAUGUUUGUUUGUGUU